CCUCCUGAACCUCGUCUACUAGACUCCCGUUGUCGAACCGUUCUCCGAGCCCCUACUGACCCCGAGCCACCGCCCUUCCCUUCCCCUUUCGACUUCGUCCUCGACAUGGCCGGAUCGUCCGCUAACCCUCCGAGCGGAGGCGAGCAUGGAGGAAACGGGCAUGGAGUUGCAGGCGGGGCUACCGGCGGCGUCCAUGCGCACAGCAGUCGUGCCACGGCAGCCUACUUCGCCCAGAGACAAGUGGUGAUAGAGCGGGUCAUGAAGUACUUUGCCGCCGGCAUUUGUGGCCUGAUCGCCGUCUUUGUCCUCUUCCACUGGGCACGUUGGUUCUGCGUCAAGGUGGAACGUUCAAACAAGCCUCACGGAGCAUUUAGUCGCCCAUUCGUUGCGAGCUCAAGGCUUGUGAGGAACCUGCUGGUACGAAAGGUCCCUGGGUUCAAAUCCGCCGGACAUGCCAUGGUUAUCAUGGCCUAUGUCGCCAUCAACCUGGCGGUCGAGUUCACCAAUAUAGACACCAGCUCGAUGGGAGGCUUGGGCCACAGGUUCGGCUGGCUGGCACUAGGGAACCUGGCCUUGGUCAUAUUCUUGGCGCUCAAGAACACCCCCUUGGCGUUUAUCACGGCCUAUUCAUACGAGCGGCUCAACUGCCUCCACCAGAUUGCCGGCUGCACCAUGUUCAUUGCGAUGCUUCUUCACGGCGCCCUGUACACGGCCUAUUUCGACAGUACAGGGAGGCUGGAGCACAUCUACCAUGAGAGAUCCGGGAUCGCGGCCAUCGUGGCGGGCUUCGGUUUCUUGAGCGUUAUCUUUUCUGCUCUGGUCCUUAGGCGUUUUUGGUACGAGUUAUUUUACGUCGCCCACAUCUCCUCUUGGAUCAUAGCCGUCAUCGCCCUCGGUUUCCAUCGGCCCGAAAUUGCGAACAAAACGCUCAUCGUCAUCCUCCUUGCCGUUUCCAUGUGGAUCCUCGACCGUGUCAUCAGGGCCUCCAGGAUCCUGUACUACAGCGCCAACAACGGAGCAACAUUGCACCCCUUGCCUGACGGAAGCACCAAGAUUGUGAUGAAGAAGGUCCCGGCAAGGGCAGAGCCGGGGAAGCACUGCUUUGUUUGGAUCCCCGCCAUCCGCAAGUUCGAGACGCAUCCGUUUACAAUCCAUGGAAGCUCGCCCCUCGAGUUCACAGUCAAGGCCCGCAAUGGUUUCACUAGCGACCUCUACAAGUAUGCUGUGGCCAACCCGGGUGUGUCAGUGAGGGCAUCGAUCGACGGGCCGUAUGGCACGUUCCCCAACCCCAUGGACUUUGACAAGAUCGUGUUGAUUGCCGGGGGUGGAGGUGCCACCUUCACAUUUGGGCUUGCCGUCAACGUACUCGAGAGGAUGGACGAGGGGUCACCCAAGAACAUUGUGUUUGUGUGGUCGGUUAAGAAACACGAGAACCUCACCUGGUUCAAGGAACAGCUCGAGCUAUUGAGGACGCAUGCGCACUCGCCCAAAGUCAAUGUUUCUCUCUAUGUCACGCGGGCACCCACGUCGACGUCCGACCUACCAAGCGAGAGUGAAAGUAGCGAACAUGCUGGCCACUCCGACUCUUCUUCCGACGGCGCUGAUUCGCCACCCUUGUCGCCGGCUGGGUCCGAUCUCGAGAAGAACGCCCAUCAGAUUGCGGCAUCGACUGCCCGGUGGCCGUCCCUCUCACACGGCAGCCUCGAAAAGGAGAUGGGGACCGUUGAGACGCAGGUCAAGCACAACGGGGCGGCUGACGAGAAGUCGACCACAGCUGUGGAAGCCGUAUCAUCCCACACCUUCUUCGAAUAUCCCAUCAAGGCGGGGCGUCCAGAUGCUGCGUCUCUCAUCCGCGAUGCGGUCAAGACUACGCCACGGAACCAACGCGUUUUAGUUGCGGCAUGUGGACCGGACGGGCUAAUGCAUGUGGUCCGGGAUACUACGGCGAAGCUUAUCGUUGGUGACGGCCCGGCCGUGGAGUUGCACUGUGAACAGUUUGGUUGGUAAAAGAUGUAUACUUAUUAUAGACGGACUCGGUAUCCCUC